AUGGGGAGGAAAAAAAUCCAGAUCUCACGCAUUCUGGACCAACGGAAUCGUCAAGUGACUUUUACCAAAAGGAAGUUUGGGCUGAUGAAGAAGGCCUACGAGCUGAGCGUGCUCUGCGACUGUGAGAUCGCGCUCAUCAUCUUCAACAGCGCCAACCGCCUCUUCCAGUACGCCAGCACGGACAUGGACCGGGUGCUCCUGAAGUACACCGAGUACAGCGAACCCCACGAGAGCCGCACCAACAGCGACAUCCUCGAGACACUGAAGCGGAGGGGUGUGGGCCUUGAUGGGCCAGAGCUGGAGCCAGACGAGGGGCCCGAGGGCCCGGGAGAGAAGCUGCGGAGGCUGGCAGGUGACGGGGGUGAGCCAGCCUUGCCCCGCCCCCGGCUCUAUCCAGCAGCCCCCACGAUGCCCAGCCCAGACAUGGUGUACGGGGCCCUGCCCCCACCAGGCUGUGACUCCAAUGGGCUCGGGGAAGCCCUGCCCGCCCAGAGCCGCCCGUCCCCCUUCAGGCCAGCAGCCCCCAAAGCUGGGCCCCCGGGCCUGGCCCAUCCUCUCUUCUCACCGAGCCACCUGGCCAGCAAGACCCCGCCGCCCCUGUACCUGGCAGCGGACGGGAGGAGGCCAGACCUGCCUGGCGGCCUGGCAGGGGCCCGAGGGGCACUGAGCACUUCCAGAGGCCUCUACGGCAGCCUGCAGAGUCCAUGCUCCGGGGCAGCUCCAGGACCCUUCCCUUUCCUCCCAGCGGGCCCCCCAGAAUAUGGCCUGGGAGACCCCCCUCCGCCUCCCGGCUUGCUGCAGCCCCCUUCCCUGGCCCCCUGGCAGCCCUCGAGGGGUGACGGGCCCCUGGCCGGCCUUGCCCAGCCCAGUGGGGGCCGAAGCCUGGGCGAAGAGGGUCCUCCAGCCCGCGGUGCCUCCCCCCUGACCCCCCACGUCAGCAUCAAGUCCGAACGCCUCUCGCCCGCGCCCGGCGGCCCCGGCGACUUCUCCAAGGCCUUCCCCUUCCCCCUGCUCCUGGCGCGGCCCGGGCCCCCGCUGCGCCGGCUCCCCGCGGCCGACGGCUGGCCCCGGUAG